AUGACAGACAAUAAUUAUCCUCGUAAUAGAAAAUCAACGGCUGGUAUCAGUGCCAAAUAUGAUGAGAAAGACUAUUUGUUGGUAUCAUUUCUAAAUUUUAAAAAGCAUGCUGUUGUACCAUCACAAGUUGUUAAUGUGGAUCCACUUGAUGAACGAAAUGGCAGUAUUAAAACAUAUGGUACCAAAAAACAAUUACGAAUUAUUGCUAAAGGUAAGUGAAUUACUUUGUUCCUGUGAUUCUGAGAGCUUAAAAAUGUUCUUACUUUCGUUUUCUGUUAGAAAUUUUGAAUUGUCGUGCACAAGUUUUUUUCAAAAGAUAACCUUGAAUUUUGUCGGUUUCUCAGUCUCACAACGUUAGAAACGAGAGUAGUGCAGGUCCAAAAGGCUGAAGCAAUAUAUGCCUUCAAAAAAAAAAAAACUUUUAUUUUAAAUAUAAUUUCGUAUGGUUCGAAUUAUGUUUUCGAAUUUUGAUUGUCGAAUUCAAAGCUCGACCUCGACUAUCUCUCACAGAAUACGAGACAGGGGAACGAGCUGGGUAGUGAGAGUGAGUACAGAAAGAAAUGCUUUGCAUGCGCUGCGAUUCCUAUCUGUCCUGAACGGCGCACAGCAAUUGUGCAAUUCUACUUUUAUUCUAAAGUUUGUAGCACAUGGGUGGAUGAAGCUAUUGUUUUCUUCGCGGACGCGAUGCAUUUCUUUCUGUACUCACUCUUAGUACUCUUCUCUCUCGCCCUUUCCCACAUCCUGCAAAGUGAAAGUCGAAAUUCGAUUUCUGAGCAGGGUUGGAAUUGGAAAGCCUUGAAAAUUCCCUUCUACGUACUUUCGAACUUCGAAUUUGACCUUUGACUUUACGCGUAUAAAAGAAUGAUGUUCUUCACAAAUAGCAUCAAAUUGGUAAUCGAGUGUGCUGUACCCGAAUAUCACAAUGGUUUUCUCUCAAAGGUCUAUGGAGACCCCGUUUUUUAAAAACCAGGUUUCCGAAACUCUAAAAGAUUAACCAGAACGUUUCUUAAUACGGCAUGAUUGAAGCCCAGAAAUUUCUGAUUAAAAUGAGACGUCUCUCAGCUCUACACGCUUUCUUUCCAAAGUUAUAGGAUUUAUAAGAAAAGCCCUAAAUGUUCAUUGUCAGCUCAAAGCUACAGAAAUAAGAAAUUAAUUUAGGGCUUUUCUUAUAAAUUCAAUAACUUUGCUAAGAAAGGUCGUGUAGAGCUGGAAGACGUCUCGUUUUAAUCAGAAAUUUCCGGGCUACAAUCGUGCCUUAUUAAGAAACGUUUUG